UUUUUAGGAUUUCCUCUUCAGCGUGGUCGCCUUCACAUGGCCCAUAUUCCAUCUCUGGGUUAUUCUCACUGUCAGGUAAUUCCUUUCGAGCCUUUUGUGUUUUAUCCUGACAAAUCCAUUGAAGUGCAGAUAACUGUCAAUCAUAUGGAUACCAGUGACAAAUCGUAUGUCCAUGACGCGGCGGUAUCAUGGAUUGAGAAUGUCAAUAACGGCGGAUUUACUGCCUGUGUGAUGGCAGCCGGAUAUAACGAACGAACGUCGUAUGCUAACGUGACAGUUGAUUGGAUGGCGUAUCAAGGUGCUCCAGUGGGUGGUGUGACUGGUGAACUUCGCAUGUCACAGUGGUGGACAGGAACGACUUGUGCAACUGUUAAAUUUCCCACUGUAAGUUGCCCUAAUCUAUUUCUGAAUGCUCUCUUUUUCAAAGCUUUUAUGGUUAUAAACAUCAUAUAAACAUCAUUCACGACAGUUGAACUAUUAGAAGUAUUGUCAAAUUACAGUUUAGGGUGCUUUAUAGUUGUGAAAAAAUGCUAAACAAUGAAAUAGUAAAUGAAAUGAAAUAAAAUAUAAAGUGAUCGUUCUUUCACUAAUUAACCACACUUACUUAUGUAAAUUCGAAGAAGUGAAACAUAACGUUCAAACUGCCGCUUUUAAUAACUUUCCUGAAUUUAUAAGGAUCACCAUUCUUUCUUUGAAUUGUUAAUAAAGUAGAUAAAUAAAGAAAUAAAAAAUAAAGAAAUAAAGAAGAACAGACGAUAGAACUAUUUUAUCAGAAUGAAAAUUUUUCUAUGCUAUUUGCAGAGGAAAUUUUCAGUCAAACCUUCAGUCUUUGUGACGUCAAAGCAUUACAAUCCAGGACUAAAACGUGACGCUGCAAGUGUAUGGAUUGAAGAUGUAACAAAAUCAUCUUGUAAAGUUUGNUUCAAAGCUUUUAUGGUUAUAAACAUCAUAUAAACAUCAUUCACGACAGUUGAACUAUUAGAAGUAUUGUCAAAUUACAGUUUAGGGUGCUUUAUAGUUGUGAAAAAAUGCUAAACAAUGAAAUAGUAAAUGAAAUGAAAUAAAAUAUAAAGUGAUCGUUCUUUCACUAAUUAACCACACUUACUUAUGUAAAUUCGAAGAAGUGAAACAUAACGUUCAAACUGCCGCUUUUAAUAACUUUCCUGAAUUUAUAAGGAUCACCAUUCUUUCUUUGAAUUGUUAAUAAAGUAGAUAAAUAAAGAAAUAAAAAAUAAAGAAAUAAAGAAGAACAGACGAUAGAACUAUUUUAUCAGAAUGAAAAUUUUUCUAUGCUAUUUGCAGAGGAAAUUUUCAGUCAAACCUUCAGUCUUUGUGACGUCAAAGCAUUACAAUCCAGGACUAAAACGUGACGCUGCAAGUGUAUGGAUUGAAGAUGUAACAAAAUCAUCUUGUAAAGUUUGUAUGAGAGAACUGCAGAAUUAUGCUGGAUCGCACCGAGAUAUUUUUGUGGUAAGCACAAUGUAUCCUUAAGUGAAUGUCAAACAUGGAUCAUGCAUUUGGCUGCCACGAACUACACCCUUAAAAAGAACAGCCCGUAGUUAUCAUAGGUCGAGCAACUCUGCAAAUUCAUCUUAGAAUUAGUUAUUAAAAGGCGCAAAAUACUUUUCAAGAUUCUUCACCUUCACACCUCAUGCCCAUUACUUUUUUUAUUAUUUGUCUAUGCAUGCCAGUCGAUUAACUAGAAAUAACGCGUUGUUGAUUUUAUUUUCAGAAUUGGCUGGCCUUUUCGGAUCUUCCCAACCCUCCCUUUUCAGAACAUAACUCGAUCUACUUUGCAAAUGAUAAACCUCCCAACAGAAGACAUUAUAAUGCAUUUUGCAAGGUCAGUAUCAGCGUUUGAGUUUGAAUCCAAAUCUCGGUGAAAAGACUUUUUUUACCAUCCGAUGGUAGUUGUCAAAUUUUACUUUCAGACCAUUAAAGCGAAGGUGUUUAACCUGUAACAGUCUUAGCAAUGUACAUAAUACUGACAAUUCCAUAGGUCACACAUUCGCUACUUCUAUACCUCAGUCACCUCUAUGAUGGAGUCAGUCCAUUUGGUGUUUGUAUGAGUAGUUUUAAGAAUUAAAUGUAAGUAUUCUGUAAAAGGAGAAUGAUAGAGCAAAAGCAUAAAACCCAUUUGAAUGGCAAUUUCACGUUAUCAAAGGUUUAAAGUUUAGUUGCAGCCUAUGUUUCAAAGGGCUUCUUGUGCCGAGCUGAGUGAAUUCAACUAACGUUGGCCUCAAAAUCGCUUUCGUCUGUUUCACAGAUUUGAGCGUCUCAGUUUGGAAGUGUACUUUAUGUAGUGCCAUCCCAGUUUAUUUUGAACGUUGAUAUGGCAUGCUUUUCCCAAAAUUUUAACCGCAAAGUUAAGAAUCAGUUAAUUCACGAUUAUCGCAAAGUCGGCCGGAAAACAAAAAUCCCCUUUUUUUUCAAAGGUGGAGCAAAGUCUAGUCAAAGCCGAGGUUCUCAAAUUUCACUUUAUUUCCUUUUUACCCGUCUCUAGUCAAGGACACUUUAAGGUAGUAUCUAUGAACAGUAAAGUAAGAUUUAGUCAUCCAGACCUUACCAGAGGAUUCUAUAAAUACAAAAAAAACUGUUGGAUUUGGAAGUAUUCUCUAAAGUUAUUUCUUAAUUAAUGAAUUAUCUGUCUCUAUAACUUGACUAUAUAACCUAUAGAGUGAAAUAUAAAAAAGGCGUGUGUGAAGUAGACGAUAAGAAUUCCCCUUUAAGUUGCAAGAAAUAUUUUCUUUUCCUUUUAUAGGAGGCAAUCUUUGCCAAAAGUUAUAACACAACGCCACACGUCUUGAUUUCUGCUUCUCACUCGACAAAAGGAGGGCAUCAAAGUCCAGUUUAUAACAGCAUAGCUGCCUGGGUAGAGGUUGGUAACUAGUGAUGUCAGGAUAUCAAAUUUCAUAUUAAAUUAAGAGUAGUAUAGUAGAGAACUAAUUAACCUUUUUUGCGGACGAAUCUCGUUAUUCUGCUGAGGAAUACAUAAACACCGAUGAUGUUAUGACCUUUUGUCUUUAUUCCUUGAAAAAGUAACCUGUGAAUAAUCGUAAUAAUAAUAAUAAUAAUAAUAAUAAUAAUAUUCAUAAUCAUAAUUAUAACAUAUUUAACCAGGGUAAACCUGUCAGUGAAAGCUGUUAUAAAUGGGGAGAACGAUACCAAUUUCAGCACUGAAGAAUACAGGCAACUACAACAAAUAAAGAUAAAAAUAAGUAGUUAGAACUGUAUACUGGUGCUUGGGCACCAGUGAAAAAAGUGCCUUUCUUCGCAGAUUCUGUGCGUACUGUAGAAAUUAAAGUUUCUAAAUAUAGGUGGAAUCUCAUUAACAUAGGUCGUGUGCCGUUUUAAGGUGGUUUAACCGGUUUUACACUGGGCCUUUUUUAGAACUUGAUAGGGAAACAAAUGCGUUGCUUUUUGAUUGGUUGACUAAAAAAAAGUAAAGUAUUCAUUUGUUGAUUGAUGCUGUCAAAGUAAUAAGCGCUAGCUCCCCUUUGACAUGAAAUCUGGGUAAGUAUUCAGUUCUGCUGCUUUCAUUGCCCAAAAUUUUUUUCCACUUUUGAUUCUUGGCGAGCAAAUCGUGCAUAUAUUGAUGAGUUCGAAGACAAACUAGCUCUUUCUAAUAACAAACCGAAUUUUUAACUUUCCCGAGUCCCCCUUCUCCUCCUCCUCCACAAUUCAGUUUUUUCGCUUCACCUUCCUUUUUUGAUUUUCCUUUAAGCACGAAAACCACCACCACAGUCUCCACCACCACAUUACUAUUGUUUUCCCACCACCACCACCUUCCUAUUGUUUUCUCUCUUCCUCCACCACCACCACUGCCACCACCAAAUUUCUAGUGUUUUCCCUACUCCAUCACCACCACCACCACAUUCCAAUGCAUAUUUUAGUACUAAUGUUUAGUGCUUUUACAUACAGUAUAUUAGCAGGAAAGGCUUUCGGGUUUGUGUCAAAGAACUGUAUGAGGCAAAAUACGACCCACUCUUCAUAUCCUACAUAGUUUUGUCAGGUAAGAACUUUACUGCUUAAAGGAGAAGAUUUUUUACGCUAUAUCUUUUACUAUUGUCUCUUAUUUGUGACUCAAUGCCGUGAUUUAUACGCACAGAUAUCUGUCCAGAUGGAUGGGACUACUUCAAUGGAUACUGCUAUUUAACGAGCUCUGUAUGCGCACCUUGGGUGACUGCAGUGUCCAACUGUUCAAUGAUGAACUCACAUCUGGUAACAGUGCACAACCAAGAGGAAAAUGUCUACAUACAGCACCGUCACAAUGGCGAGCGAUCAUGGAUUGGCCUUAANCAAAUUUCUAGUGUUUUCCCUACUCCAUCACCACCACCACCACAUUCCAAUGCAUAUUUUAGUACUAAUGUUUAGUGCUUUUACAUACAGUAUAUUAGCAGGAAAGGCUUUCGGGUUUGUGUCAAAGAACUGUAUGAGGCAAAAUACGACCCACUCUUCAUAUCCUACAUAGUUUUGUCAGGUAAGAACUUUACUGCUUAAAGGAGAAGAUUUUUUACGCUAUAUCUUUUACUAUUGUCUCUUAUUUGUGACUCAAUGCCGUGAUUUAUACGCACAGAUAUCUGUCCAGAUGGAUGGGACUACUUCAAUGGAUACUGCUAUUUAACGAGCUCUGUAUGCGCACCUUGGGUGACUGCAGUGUCCAACUGUUCAAUGAUGAACUCACAUCUGGUAACAGUGCACAACCAAGAGGAAAAUGUCUACAUACAGCACCGUCACAAUGGCGAGCGAUCAUGGAUUGGCCUUAAUGACCGAAGCGUUGAGGGAUCGUUUGUGUGGACAAACAAGGAAAUAAUCCGUUUUCAGUACUGGGCACCGCAACAACCAAACAACUUGAAAAACGAAGACUGUGUCCACGCCCUUGGUGCAGAGCAUGGCUACACUUGGAACGACGUGUCAUGUGAUAAAUGCUAUAACUAUACUUGUGUUAAAGGCAAGUUUUGAGUUACCAUAGAAAUACUACAAAUCCAAACCUUUGUCACCAAUAACGAGGUUUAAAGAUCACUUCUGCAGUAGUGAGUUUUUAUGAUAAUUUUAUCGCCGUGUUGUUGAUCAGAAUUAUAUAACGUCUGCAUUUUUAUGUAGCAGUCUUCCAGGCGGUAGUCUUAAUAUUUAGGUACUCCAAAAAAAUCUUCAUGUGAAUGAUAAUACUGCUACUAAGUAAGAUCACGGUGAUAAAUUGGUCUUCAUUGACUUUGUUGUCUACUACAGACAUUGACGAAUGCAUCAGCAGUUAUCACAGGUGUGAUCCAAACGCUGCUUGUCAGAAUACCGUGGGCUCAUACAUUUGCACUUGCAAAGCUGGAUUCUAUGGAAAUGGAAAAAAGUGCUUUGGUAACUAUCACAAUCCUUUUUUAUGCUUUCCUGACCUUUGCAUUCUGGUUGGCUGUUGAGUUAACAUAUUUGCCUUUUAAGGUAACUAAGGUACUAUAUUCUUUUAAAUCCAAUAUGUAUAGAUCAGAACUUACUAAUAAUCUAAAAAAACUAACUAAGAAUUUCAAUGGGCAUUCUCGGUCUUCGUUUUGACAAUUAAUUAGGCACAUAGAAUAUCUGCUAAUAGCACAUUUAGUGUCCUGUCGGCUCCGUUCUGCGCUCAGGUUUGAUUUUUAAUGUGAUAUAUAUAUAUAUAUAUAUAUAUAUAUUUUUUUUUUCUUGUUCAACUUGUCAGUUAGUUUAAAUUUAUCAUACAUUGGCAUACGUCAAAACAAAGUAAUAAAAAAUUACUAGCGCUAGCUCAUAAUUUACUUAGUCAGGAUUCACUGACUACUCAGAUUAUCAUUUGUUUUCUCCGUCAUUAGAUAUUGAUGAAUGCAGCAACAAAACCCAUACCAGUGACGUGAAUGCAGUUUGUAGCAACACUCAAGGAUCUCACAACUGCAUUUGCAAACCUGGAUACUCUGGAGAUGGAAAGAAAUGCAUUGCAGUUGGUAUGAAGCACCCCUACAGAAUUCCUAUGAUAUUGUCUAUAAUUAUUUUAUACUGUUUAGUACGGAAAGGUGGUCCAGUUUACGAAUAUUUUCCCUUAAUAUUUAACAAUUAUUCGCCGAAGGCGAAGUUAAUAUUGUUGAAUAAUCCCCGAGACGAAGUCGAGGGGAUUAUUCAACAAUAUUAACUGAGCCUGAGGUGAAUAAUUGUUUUAGUAUAUUCACACGAAGUGAUCUCAACAGAAUCAGAAAGGAAACCAUUAAAAAACCAUUAGUUUGAUUGACGGGUGAAAAUUCAUGCGUGAACACGAAGCCGUAAACAGUGGAUGCGCAAAAGUUAGAUCUUUACAGUAUCUUCAAACAUGGCAAAUGAUAGUUUUAAUCCUUUUGUAUCGAGUUUUGUAAGCUUUAGCAUCAACGGUUUAAAAGAAAACGCCGAAAAUUUAAAUUACUACCCAAUUCUGAGAAGAAAAGUAUCUAGAGCUUUAUUUGUUUCUGUCAACUCACCGUGAAUGAGAAAGUUUUCUUCGUCGCUUCUUGCAAAUGCUGUCAACAGCGGCUGCGAUCAAGGUAAGCGUUGUUUAUCUCCAAAGUUCUUUGCCUUGUUAACUUGCUGGCACGUACAAUUUUCGAAAAUAUUUGCCUUCCUCUCUUCUCCAUAAAUUAACCUCUAUUUAUAGGCAAAAUUGGUCUUGCGAGAAAAUCCCGAAAUCACAAAACAGUGACAAAGCGACCUCGUUUUCCUCUGUAGUGGUAAACAUAGCUUCGAGCGUACAAAAAGUCAGCUAAAGUAAACCACUUCACAAUAAAUCACGCUGUUUAAACACCAUGAAGUCUUUUCUUGCCUUCAAAGUCAUCAGCACUUGGAUAUUCGUGUAUUUUCAAACAGGUUUUACUUUGAAACUUUGGCAAAACACCCAGUUCACGACAGCGAUUUUGCUCGGCUUUAUAUUCACCGCCUAGCGCGGUGAAUAUAACGUCAUAGUCCGAGAUAGCUAACCAAUCAGAUUGCUUGAAUUACCAAGAUCACUGAGUGUGUAUAUACUAAAGACAGUUAGGCUUAAUUUCAUAGGUGUUAAAGCCAUUAUUCCGGGCCUGAACUUCUUACACAUUUUCUCAUACAGCUUGCAGUACAGUGUACAAAAAGCAGAUAUUAUUGUUAACUGUUGUUAACUUUAUAAGUUGUAAAGUAGCCAUAUCCUGCCAAAUGUAGAAUUAACACGCAGUGCUAAUGUCAUGUCUUCCAGCUUAUAAGAACUGUGCUGAACUGUACAAAGCUGGAAAACGAUCAAGUGGAGUUUACAAGAUCGACCCAGACGGUGCUGGUGUCUUUGACGUGUACUGUGACCAAACAACAGCCGGUGGGGGGUGGACAGUGUUCCAAAAGAGACUGGAUGGCUCGGUUAAUUUCUACCGCGGCUGGAACGAGUACAAAAAAGGGUUCGGAAAUCUGAAUGGCGAGUUUUGGCUCGGACUGGACAAAAUUCACCGCCUGACAAAAACUAAAAGCAAACUUCGAGUGGAUCUCGAGGACUUCAACAGAAACACGGCUUAUGCCGAGUACAGCUACUUUGCUAUAACAGACGAGAGAAGCAAAUACAAGCUGAGUCUUGGAACUUACUCCGGUAAUUGUAUUACUUAGUACUUAAUUAAAAAUGGAGUUCGGGGAAAGAACUUUUAAGGCCCAAGUUAAUGGUAAUGAUUUUGACGUUUAAGAAAUAAAGAUUCACAACAGAGAUACAGCUAGUUACAGAUACAGUGAAGUAUGUAAUAAUCACACAGCUAUCAUAAAAUAUAAGAGUAAAGCAAAGUAAUAUCAUAUGGAGCGUUAGGGUGAUUUUACUUCGACCAUGAAACGGAUUCAAUGUUUCCUACUGUCUUUAGAUCUUAACCAUCGUAUUGAAAAUCACAGUUAUGUGGAGAAAAAUUAAAGGAAAUAUCUUUUGUUCCAAUUUCAUUUUCCAGGAAAUGCUGGUGACUCGCUAAGUUAUCACAAAAGCUCCUCUUUCACCACUAAAGAUCGAGACAAUGACUUGGAAUCUGGUAAUAACUGUGCCACAAUUUUUAAGGGGGCUUGGUGGUACAGGGGCUGUCAUCAUUCCAACCUGAACGGCCUCUAUCAUCGCGGCAGACACUCUUCAGGUGCUGAUGGUGUGAACUGGUAUCACUGGAAGGGAUAUCACUACUCCGUUAAACGAGCUGAAAUGAAACUCAAACCAGUCAACUUCUAA